ACACGUGUCGCUGGCUCUCCAUCCUCCUCCUCAUUCGGGUAGUGUGCUCGAGGGUUCCUCUUCCUCCACUGCGCCGCCGCGAGCCUCCCGACCCCUCCGUCGCGAUUCUGCGAAAUCCGGCGGGUUCCUCCGCGAUCCGAGGCCAGAUGGGAGAAGGAGAUCCGGAGGGCAGCGUCGUCGGAGCGACGGAGACCUCGACCUCGCCGGCGGCCGCGGCGGCCGCCCCUGUGAGGGACAUCAGGCGCUACAAGUGCGAGUUCUGCGACGUCGUGCGCUCGAAGAAGCGGCUGAUCCGAGACCACGUCCUCGAGCACCAUAAGGACGAAGUGGAUGGUCUGAAUGAGUACAACGUAGGUGGUGGUGGCGGCAGUGCGCCGCCGGGCAAGGAGAUCGGCCAUGAUUGCAAGGAGUGCGGCGCGAGGUUUAAGAAGCCGGCGCAUCUGAAGCAGCAUAUGCAGAGCCAUUCGCCCGAGAGACCCUUUGCCUGCCAUGUAGAUGGUUGCCCUUUCAGCUAUAGCAGGAAGGACCAUUUGAACCGCCAUCUGCUUACUCAUCAAGGAAAACUAUUCAUGUGCCCUAUGGAAGGAUGCAACCGUAAGUUCAGUAUCAAGGGUAAUAUCCAGAGACAUGUUGAGGAAUUUCACGAGGAUGGCCCUCAUUGUGGAGGCAAGAAAGAGUUCAUCUGCCCAGAGGCUAACUGUGGGAAGGCGUUCAAAUAUGCUUCCAAGCUACAGAAACACGAGGAAUCACAUGUCAACUUGGAUUACACUGAAGUUAUCUGCUUCGAACCAGGCUGCAUGAAGACUUUUACUAAUGUGGAAUGCCUCAAGGCCCAUAACCAAUCGUGUCAUCAGUAUGUUCAGUGUGAUAUCUGUGACACUAAACAGCUUAAGAAGAACUUCAAGCGGCAUCAGCGAAUGCAUGAAGGUUCAUUUGUCACUGAGAGGAUUAAGUGCAACUUCAAGGAUUGCAAGCGCUCAUUUUCAAAGAAAUCCAAUUUGCACAAGCAUAUUAAGGCAGUUCAUGAGCAGAGUAGACCUUUCACAUGUGGAUUCUCUGGGUGCGGCCAGAAGUUUUCAUACAAGCAUGUACGGGACAAUCAUGAGAAAUCUAGUGUUCACGUGCUUUUUGAGGGCGACUUUGUGGAGGCUGAUGAGCAACUCCGACCUCAUCCAGGCGGCCGCAAGAGGAAGCCCAUUUCAGUCGAUACUUUCAUGCGGAAGAGGGUAGCUGCUCCUGAUGCUCCGCCUGCUUACAGUGAUGGAACUGAGUAUCUGAGAUGGCUUUUGUCAGCUUGAUUUGUCCUGAACUGGAGGAAAGAUGCUAUGUUUUUUUGGAUGAUCGGGCAUUCUUCUGUACUUUGAAAUGUCCGCCUUAUUAUUGUCAAUGUUAUGUGUGUAGGAGUGUGUAUGUAUGUAUGUAUAGCUAAAGGAAAUAGAUUGGCAAUAACAGUAUGUACUGUGUGUCAAAUAGGGUAGCAAUUGGCAAGCAAGUCCUUUUUCUUUUCUUGUUCAACUGUAUGAAGUAUGAAUAAAUGAAGAUGCGGCUUCCGCUUAAGUAAUGAUGAACACCUAUCGGGUUUUAGAUGUAUUAA